AUGUUGUCCGCUCCGGUGAAAUCGGCCAAGCGGAUAUCUUCGCUCUUUUCACUGGGAUCCAAUAAGGAUACCUCCAUCCCUUCGUCACCAGGAUCGCCCGUUUUUUCGAAACCCUCACCCGACCAGCUACCUCAGGAUGCGCUUCGAAGCAGUUCCCGAAUCAGCCGGUUCGCCUCCAACCCUCAUGUCGUUGACCACACGGAGCCGCUCCCCCUGUCGCCAAAUCCCAACGACAACUAUGAUCUCGACACGCCUUUACCCCCACCCCCUUCCCUUCUCGCGGUCAAUCAGGAUCUCGCCAACAGUGCUUCGAACUCGCCCGAUACGGGAAGACCGCAGAGCCGGGGUCGUCUGAGGAGUUCGAGCAGGCCCUCCAGCUCGGCGGGGCUGUUCGUACCCGGUUCGGGGCCAGACUCGCGCCCCGGAACCCCCUCCAAGAGACGAAGCUGGCUACCGGGACGUGCGCGGGCAAGUUCAGUGGACACCAGACCGUCAGCGAACUCUCAGCUGCCCAGUGCAUGGAUUGCCGGACUGGACCAGAAAAUCCUAUACGAUCUGGGGCCCCUGGCGAGAGGGGAGCAGGUCCCGGAACUGUGGAAUGAAAAUGGCGACACCUAUGUGUACCUGUUCCCUCAAAACACCGGUCGACCCGCUUCCUUCAAGGUCCAUUCCAAUGUCUUUGCCGAAUCGCCCGCUCUCAACUUCCUGGCACGGGGAUCGGAUCCCCGAGCCCCCAGCAUUCUUGAGCACCAGGCCCGGACUUUGUCGUUAGGAGAUCCGGUGAUUGGCCAUGCAUCACCGCUGUUGUCUCCCGAAGAUGACCUAGCCGACGAUGAUAAUGACAGCACGGGUAGUAGGCGACUGGCCUUGGUGGAGGAUGACGGGCAGGACGAGUACCAGGAGCUUCACCUAUAUCUACCAGUCCCCGUGACCUCCGACAUGUCCCAGCCCCAUACGCGCCUCUCGCAUGAGGACACGGAAACCCUGCUCUUGUUCCGCAAUCUGUUUGCUUUCUUGUUGGGACAGUCCCUGAUUGCUACUCCGAGAUCGCCGUCCCUCUUCACCAUCUUCAUGGAUGUCGCUACGCUCCUGUCCCGGUUUGAAUUCACCAACUUUGACGGGUCCAAUUUUGGCGAGACGGUCACCACCAGCUUUGGUAAUUACUGCGAUGAAUUACACCUGGCAGACGUCCGGAAAAGCCGAGAAAAAACCAUUGAAGCCAUCGUGCUGGGAGAGCGGCUGCGUUACUUCCCGCUUUACCUGGAAGGCUUUGUCCAUGGCGUAGGCAAACUGGACGAAUUGAAGCAGCUAAGGAGCCCUAAAUAUAGCCUGAUUAGCGCCGUGAGCCAGAAGCGGAUGGAACGGGGUUACAUUGACCUUGACACACGACUCCGAGUCCUGUACAGCAAGCUCGAUGAUUUCGACUUCCCGUCGGUGUUUUCGGGGUUUGCCAACUCGGCCACGUCGGUUGAAAGUAAAGUGAUCCGCUUCAAGGCGUGGAAGGCUGCGUUUAUGGAGUUCCGACGCUUCGUCAUGCAGUUCUACCGACAGAAGUAUGGCUCCUGGCCGCCCAAGGCGCGGUCCAAGAAGAAUCAAUUCGAGGAAAGUGGCCUCAACCGCCAGGUAUUGAAAGAACUGUACGACGACUUCGCCAAUCUCUACGACAUGUUGGUCGAUCGCUCCGCCCUGACGACUCGGACGGUGGACAUGGCUGCCGAAGCCCCCGAGGGGGCGGACCAUGACGAGACGGCGAUGAUGAACCGGGCGCUUCGGCAAGUUAUGAGCGAGUACGACCGCAGCACGCCGCCCGUUCAACCCCCUAUUCCGUUCGACAUCCCCCAGAUCCCCUCCCUGCAAUCGAUUCACCGGAAGCCCCUGGACGCCAAGAAGGAGGCUAAGUUGAAGACGAAGAAGCUGAAGGAUGCGGAUAUAAAUGCUGUCCUUAUGGGCUCCUACACCCGCGAGAGCCUGAGACCGACGCCAUUCAUCGAAGCGUUCAUGCAGUUCGAACGGCGAUCUGCUCAUGGGAAGAACAUUACCGAAAUCAUGGACCUCCGGUGCGGGCAGUGGAUCCUGAUGUACUGUGUCAUCCAGGCUUUGCCGUUGCUCGUAGUAGACGUCCAGGAUGUCAAGUACGUGGAUGGGGUGGAGAAUUUCCUCUGCAUUGCUCCUCGCGGCGGUGCGCCCUGGACGCACAACGACAGUAAAACGGCUCGUAGCUGGUUCGGGGUGGCCGGCGGAGCAGGCGUGGUCAGUCUUCCGUCCGACGUGGUCAUCAACGGCGUGGAAGGGAUCUACCGUCGCAGUCACUGCUGGCGGGUUGCGGAGCAGUGGGCCGAGAAAGAUGCCAUCCUGGCACCGCCGACCAUCGACGACCCCUACGACAAUGAGUCGUCGUUGUCCUCGCCGUAUCAGGCUCAGCAGUCGUCGGCGGGUUCGUCUUCCGAACACCAGCAGCAAUACGGCCAGCCACCACAACCCCCCACACCUCUUCUGUCCCCUGGAGGUGGUCUCACGCCGCCCCCGGCUAUCCCUCGCAAUCUAUCGCCGGCUGCGGGUCGCCGUCCUGAACACCGAAUGUCGAUCAACCCGGGCCUUGAAGCCUUGCCAUUGCCUGCGGGUGUUGCACCAAUUGACCCUCCAACGAGACCUAUCAGCCGACUGAAUCCUAACAUGAGUUUCGAUGACAUCCUCAAGCAAGUUCCCAACCAGAAGAAGCGAUAG